UGUCUCUUCCCCACGCCCCCUCCACCAGAGACUGUGACUAACUGUGCGGAUGGGGGAGUGCUGGGUGUUGUGCCGGGCAUCAUGGGAUGCAUCCAGGCCUUGGAAGUGCUGAAAAUUGCUUCGGGAAUGGGUUCCUCCUUCAAUCAGUUCAUGCUGAUGUUUGAUGCCCACGAAGGGAGAUUUCGCAAUAUCAAGUUAAGACCAAAGAAAACAGACUGUGCCGUUUGUGGUGACAAUCCGUCUGUCACCUGCCUUCAGGAUUAUGAGGCAUUUUGUGGUUCUUCUGCAACGGACAAAUGUAGGACUUUACAUCUGCUGCCUAGUAAAGACAGAGUGUCUGUAGAGGAGUACAAAAAGCUGUUGGAUGAGCAGGUUCCUCAUGUACUGUUAGAUGUUCGUCCGCAGGUAGAAGUGGAUAUCUGCCGCCUGGUACAUGCUGUCCACAUUCCUUUGAGUAAAUUAGAAGAAAAAGAUGAAGAAUAUCUGGAAUAUUUAGAAAAAAGAAUUUGUGAAGAAAAGCAGAGGACUGAUGGCCAGACAUCUUUUCCUGUAUAUGUUGUUUGCAAGUUAGGAAAUGACUCCCAGAAGGCUGUGAGAAUUCUACAGGAGUUACAUGUCAAAGAAUUGGGUUCUGUGUUAGCUAAGGAUAUUAAAGGGGGGCUCAUGGCUUGGGCCAGUAAAAUUGACCCGACAUUUCCUCAGUAUUAG